UCAUUCUAGCUCCACGAUAUUCUUUCGCCUCGCAUCCCGGCAGGACCUGCCAACAAGUCAGCCAGCGGUAAAGCAUAUGGAGCAGCUUUUAACGCGGCUUCACGCCUGAAGUAUAAGUCAGAUCAUGUAUGCAAUCGGCGUGAGGUCCCGACUCUGGGCACGUGGUUCCGCCUCCACGGAUUAAUCUGCUGUUGCUCCGCCAUUCGCUUUGUCAUUCACUGUGUUCACACAAGUACUGUAGAGCUGUACUCAGGGAUCUCAUCGGCUCACAUCCCUGCAUGACCAUCCGACUAGACGGACCGCGCGCGUUUGAUCCGCGACAAGAUAGGACGAGCACUCAAAUUGCAUGCGGAAGUAGCGGAAGGAGGCUUUGGCGCCGGGGAAGAAGAGCUCGACCGCAAACGGUCUCCAGCGCAAGACUUGCCAAUAUAUCUGAUCCGCAACGGAUGCUUGACGAAGUCAGGAAGCACCGACUUGAGCGAAGCGUCAUCAAAAUGAUUCAUUCGUGCUCCCUAAACUCCAUCCGUCCAUCUAGCUUGCGACUGCCUUGCUCUCCUUUCCUCACACAUCGAACGCCAGAAUUGUUGGGCAUGAGGGCAAACACACACGCGUACAUAGCUGGCCAUACUCCGACAUGCAUAGUCUGUGGGGACGAUAUCUCCGAGACGCGUCUGCACGGAAUCAUGCUCCAACUAAUUAACGUUGAUACGUCAAUCUAUGUGAGGUGAAAUUUGGGUUAUGCCUCCGGGAUCGAAGGAGAGCCGAUCGGUCCCACGCUUAGCCUGUUCAAGCCUAGCCUCAUAUAUAUCCUCCGGUUCUCAACAUGAACAAACACCAACGAAACGUGAGCUCCUGAGAAGCGUAUUGCUUCAUCAACAGAUCAACGUGGUGCAUUACU